AUGGCCGACGCCAACAAGUCUUCUGCGAUUCUAUUUAAAAACCGCUCCUGGUCUCCGGACAUUCAUCGCCACAUAGAAUGGGAGAUGCUGAAGAUCAACCAGCGAAGCCGUUUCCGCCGUAGCAAAAGCCUUGAUGCUGUUUCUGAUGUUGACGUCACUGACGAUGAUAUCAAGGAACUAAGAGCUUGUUUCGAGCUCGGUUUUGGAUUCGAUCCGUCUAACGACUUGGAUCCGAAACUAGCAAAAGCUUUUCCUGCACUCGAGUUGUAUGCGGAUGUUAAUCGGCAGUUUAACAACCAGAAUCUAUCGAGAUCUUCGUCUAUCGACUCUGAAUCUUCAUCUAAUUCCGAUGCAUCUUCAAACCUCAUUGUUGAUCCAAACGAUGAUCCCCAAAAAGUGAAAAUGAGACUGAAGCUGUGGGCACUAGUGGUUGCUUGUUCGAUUCGUGAAGCGUCUUCACAUUCUGCAACAGAAGUUACUGCAUAG